AUGGAAUUUGAUAAGAGAGCCGUGCAUGAUGGCUUCACAAACCGACACUCCUUUGAUCAUAAAGGGAAGAAGAUCACGCUUGUUCCUUUGACACCUUUGGAGGUUCAUCAAGAUCAGAUCCAGCUCAAGAGGAACCGUGACAAGGAACCCAAGCAAGAUGAACCUGAAUCAUCCCAACGGAACUCCAAUUUCUAUAUCAAACAAAGUCAGGUCAAGAGAUCUCUUUACUCUGAAAAGCCAUUUCUUUUACUUGUGUACAAAGAAUCUCUUAUGGCUUCUUCUUCUGACCUUGCACCGGAGAUUCCGAGUGAACUUUUAGAUGUUUUGCAGAAGUAUUCUGAUGUUUUUCCAGAUGAGAAUCCUAAGGGAUUGCCACCAGUACGAGGCAUUGAGCAUCAGAUCGACCUUGUUCCUGGCGCGUCUCUACCAAACCGGCCAGCUUACCGUACCAAUCCGGUGGAGACCAAGGAACUUCAGAAACAGAUUGGUGACCUUCUUAAAAAAGGCUACAUCCGAGAAAGCCUCAGUCCUUGUGCCGUUCCUGUCCUUCUUGUGCCCAAAAGGGAUGGUUCUUGGCGCAUAUGCUGCGUCCGUCGAAGAGAAUUGCAUUCCAGUGUUCCGGAGGUUGCCGAAUGA